AUGGACGACCCUUCCCUGGCUCCCGGCGCCGAGGUCGCCGCCGCGGCCGCCGCAUCCACCGCAGCCGAGGUCACGGCUGCCGCGUCAGUGGAGUCUUCCCAGCUGGCUCCCGACGCCUCCUCUUCUGCCAACGCCGAGGACGAGCGGUUCGCCCUGCUGAUGAGCAUCGGCGAGGAGUGCAUUCAGACCAUCGAGCUCAGGCUGCUGCUGCAGAACAAGGAAAAACCCUCCCCCAUCUGCUACGACGGCUUCGAGCCCUCCGGCCGCAUGCACAUCGCCCAGGGUAUUGUCAAGACGAUCAACGUUAACAAGAUGAUCAGAGCAGGAUGCAGAGUCAAAAUCUGGAUAGCAGACUGGUUUGCUCAGCUAAACAACAAAAUGGGUGGCGACCUGAAAAAGAUCCAGACAGUCGGGCGCUACAUGAUUGAAAUAUGGAAAGCAGCUGGCAUGAAUCUCGAUGGUGUUGAAUUCUUGUGGUCCUCAGAAGAAAUCAACAAGCGUGCAGAUGAAUACUGGACACUUGUCAUGGACAUUGCCAGGAGAAAUAAGGUCAAGAGAAUAACGAGGUGCUGUACGAUCAUGGGCCGUGCUGACAACGAGGAAUUGACUGCUGCACAGAUCUUCUAUCCUUGCAUGCAGUGUGCUGAUAUAUUCUUCCUGGAGGCUGACAUAUGCCAGUUGGGCAUGGACCAAAGGAAGGUUAACAUGUUAGCAAGAGAAUAUUGCGAUGACAUAAAAAGGAAGGACAAACCAAUUAUUCUGUCACAUCAUAUCCUUAUUUGCCACUAUAUGCUCCCUGGGUUCAAAGAAGGUCAGGAGAAGAUGUCAAAGAGUGAUCCAUCAUCGGCUAUCUUUAUGGAAGAUGAUGAGGCUCAGGUGAAUUUAAAGAUAAAGCAAGCUUUCUGCCCACCCAACAUUGUCGAGGGUAAUCCGUGCCUUGAGUACAUCAAGUACAUCGUUUUCCCUUGGUUUGAAAGGUUCGAGGUGGUUCGGAAAGAAAAAAAUGGCGGUAACACGACAUUUUUAAGCAUGGAUGACCUCAGUGCUGAUUAUGCAAGUGGUGCUCUGCAUCCUGCUGAUGUUAAACCUGCUUUGGCCAAAGCGAUUAACGAAAUAUUGAAGCCUGUUCGUGAACACUUCAACACCAACAAGGAAGCCAAAGAUCUCCUCAACACAGUUAAGUCUUUCAUCGUUCUUAGUAAAUCUAUCACUGCCUGCGAGGAAUUUAAUCCAGACAUUCACUCUUUUGCAGAAGUGAUCAUUACAUGCAGAAGAGGUAUGGGUGAGGGGGAGGAGAGGGAGCAAGAUAGGGGAGAUGGGGGAUCUCAGGGAGGGUCAUCUCCGUUCCACCAAGAAUUAAGAAGGUGGGAGGAGGCGGGGGUAGUGCAUCUAAAGGCCCAAAGCCUAAUGUCCUCGAGGCAGCGCUGGGUGACCACCGAGAUGUCCUCCAUAAUGCCGUUAAAGGUGAGGGCGUUCCUCCGCUUCCAAAUGCUCUGCGAUGGCGGUGUUGAUGGUAGUCUCCUCAAAGGUGCGGCAGCGUAG